AGUCUGGCUUCAGCGGGACCAGCAGCCUAUGGAUUGUGUCAGGCGGGCUGUUCUGCGGUAGUUAUGGCCUGCUACUCUGCAGCUGGGUUUACCUGGGGAGCCACUCUUGGUGCUUCCGCACCUGCUAGCAUCAUUGCAUGCAAUACCGCCUUUGGUACUUGUCAGGCUGCCUGUGCCUCUGUGCUUUUAGCCCCAACGCCAUAA